AUGUCAACUUAGUAUAGAGUACCCUCUAAUGACAAUUACAUUCGUGACUUAGAAAACAUCUCUCAAAGGUAUAUAUGAUGUAUAAUGAAAGAGAGCGUCAUGGAUUGUUUAACUAACCACCACCUUUAUCAUUGGGGGAUUAAUAUAACGAUGCUUUGAAAAGUAUAGAAUAUUUUCUAAUUAUGAAGGCUAAGGCAAAGAGAAAGGAAUUCUAAUUAAUAAAAAACUCUAAAAAAAACAUGAACCUGUUUUGUUUUCAGAACCUGGUUAUACUACAUUAAAUGAUCCAUAUAAAGACUAAUUUAAAGCUAAAUAAAUUUACGACAAAGAGAGAGAAUUAGCCAUAAAAAAUACUAAUAGUUUUAAACCGAAUGACCAUUAGAAAUCUGUGUAUAUAAUUUAACUUAUUCAGUAAACAUUCUGAAUUUGAACAUAUGAAGGAAUAUAAUGAUAAAGUCUUUAAAACUCGAAAUUCAGCAGGAAAUGUAAUUACUUAGGCUAGGAACUUUUUGACAAAUCCAGCAAAGAAAGGAUUAGGCAGAACAACAAUUAAAAAUUUGUUUGGUUAGAUUGAAUAUAUUCCUGAUCCUUAUGAUAGAUAGGAAGAAAUGGAAAGAUAGGAGAGAAUCUAACAUAAAAGUAAGUAAUUGCCUGGAACAACAAGAUUUGUCACAACAAGUCAUGGAAAUAGGCCCUUUACUGCAGAUGGUGUCUUAUUAGAUGGAGCAGGAUAUACAAUAUGUAAUAAUAUCAAUAAUUUUUUAGAAAAAAAACCACCUACAUAUAAAGGAAAUCCAUUUAGACCAUCAAAUUAAAAUAAAAAAGGAUUUUAAGGAACUUUUGAAGUUCUUUAAUAUAUGGAGGAAGGAGUUCCAGAUAUCAAAACAAAAUAAAAUACAUUCGAAAAAUUAAGUGCCACCUAAACAUAUGAAAAACCUUGGAGACCUAAUUCAAAUGGAACAUUUGCUAGACCUUGUCCUAGUGUGUCUUAAUAAUUACGAAAUAGAAGUGCAGGAUCAAAUUAAAGAUUAUGA